ACGCCAAAAGCUUUUCCAAAACCGGUGACUGAGUGAAUCCAACGAUAAUCUCCACCAACAGUCAUGAAAACAAACCUCUCUGUUACUACUGUUUCUUCGAUUAAAACUCAGUAAUGGAGGGUUUGGCACUGUGUUAUGAGUUCCGAGUUGCUGUUUUCACUAUGAUAUCUUCUCCCGUGGAUCCUCCUUCAUUUACUGUCAAAAACAAGUCUUGCUUGUAGUGAUUCGCUUUCCCUUUUGAAGUCUUAUGCUCACUGUAGCUGUGAUCUCGCGUUGAUUCCUUGAAAUCUCACAGAUCUAACGUGCAAUUUUCUAAUAAUAAACUGCGUCGGUGAUGGCGGUGCUUGCAGUCCCAAAUACCAUUGGUGCACAAGUAUCAAGAAAAGUCUGCAGUCUGUUGCUGCAUCUUUUGUUUGUUUCUUGUUAUGUGAUUCUCACUACCAAUGCCAAUUUGGUUGAUGAUCGACACUUCAAAGAACUGAUAGUACCUCCAAGUAGAGUACCUGCCGCUGCACCUGCCAUUCUUGAUCUGCCUCUGCCAGCCAACCUUCCACUGUUUCAUAAACUGCGAAGAAAACAUUUAUCACCAGUUGGUGCAUCAUCGGCUGUGGUAGCACCAGCCGCACCUCUUAAUUAUGGUCCAUUAAUAACUUCUAUUCACCCGCCUACCAGUUCACAUUUGUCAAAAACAUCAAUGAAGAAGAAUGCUUUAGUGCCUCCCACUGUUGGAUUGAUAGAAAUUGCACCAACACAAUCCAACACUAGUGCAAAUGCUUCUGGUUUAGCUCAGCCGCCAUUAUCUCCUCAUUUCUCUGAUUGUUGCAAACCUGACAUGGUGUUGAAACAAGGGAGUCAUAAUUGCCAUUGUGUGUAUCCCAUAAAGCUUGACUUUCUCCUUUUGAAUGUCUCACAAAAUCCUAACUGGGACAGAUUUCUGCAAGAGUUAGCUUCCCAGCUUGAUUUGCUAGUUUCUCAAAUUGAGCUUAUCAACUUUUAUGUACUCAGCUUAUCAAGAUUAAAUAUUUCAAUGGAUAUUACUCCUCAUACGGGAAUCAGCUUCUCUGCCAGUGAUGUGUCUUCAAUAAAUUCUUCGCUUGCAUUACAUAAGGUUCAUUUUGACUCCACCCUUGUGGGUGAUUACAGACUCCUCAAUCUUACCUGGUUUGAACCUCCAUCACCUUCCCAAGCUCCUAUUGUUGCUUCAUCACCUGUGGAAGCACCAGCACAUCAAUCUGCAACUUCCACACUACCCAGUGAUCCAGGCAGAGGCAAACAUUCAAAUCUAUUUCUUAUACUCAGUAUUGGUGUUGGCAUCGUGAUUAUUGCUAUAAUAUCUAUGCUUAUAAUUUGUUCAUGCGCAAUUCGUGAAGGGAAGCCUAAAGGAUCUCCUGAAGGAACUGUGAAGCCAAGGACUGUGGAUGCAGUUCCAGCAGGAGGAUCUCUGCCACAUCCUAGCAGUACACGGUUUCUAGCCUAUGAAGAACUUAAAGAAGCAACAAACAACUUUGAAUCUGCAAGCAUACUUGGAGAGGGUGGGUUUGGUAGAGUUUUCAAGGGUGUCUUAAAUGACGGUACAGCUGUAGCAAUUAAGAGGCUUACCAGCGGAGGACAACAAGGCAAUAAAGAAUUUCUUGCUGAGGUUGAGAUGCUUAGCAGGUUGCAUCACCGCAAUCUUGUGAAGCUUGUGGGUUACUAUAGUAGUCGUGACUCUUCGCAAAAUCUACUGUGUUAUGAACUCAUUCCAAAUGGAAGCUUAGAGGCCUGGCUACAUGGUCCUCUGGGUGUAAAUUGUCCUUUGGACUGGGACACCAGAAUGAAAAUCGCACUUGAUGCUGCAAGAGGUCUUGCAUACCUGCAUGAGGACUCACAACCAUGUGUUAUCCACAGAGACUUCAAGGCGUCCAAUAUAUUGCUUGAGAACAACUUUCAUGCUAAAGUAGCUGAUUUUGGACUUGCCAAACCGGCACCUGAAGGCAGAACAAAUUACCUUUCCACUCGUGUCAUGGGCACAUUUGGGUAUGUAGCCCCUGAGUAUGCUAUGACUGGAUAUCUACUAGUAAAAAGCGAUGUUUAUAGCUAUGGAGUUGUCCUCCUUGAGUUGCUGACCGGAAGGAAACCUGUGGACAUGUCACAACCAUCUGGGCAGGAAAACCUCGUCACUUGGGCCAGGCCAAUUCUCAGAGACAAAGAUAGGCUAGAAGAGCUUGCUGAUCCAAGGCUUGGGAAUAAAUAUCCAAAAGAAGAUUUUGUGCGGGUUUGCACCAUUGCAGCAGCUUGUGUCGCCCCUGAGUCAAACCAACGACCCACCAUGGGUGAAGUGGUCCAGUCGCUUAAAAUGGUGCAGCGUGUUACAGAAUAUCAGGAUUCCAUGUCAGCAUCCAAUACCCAGCCAAACAUGAGACAGUCAUCCACUACCUUCGAGUCUGAUGGGGCAUCUUCGAUAUUCUCCUCAGGUCCUUACUCUGGUCUAUUUGAUAAUGACAACAUCUCUCGAACAGCAGCUUUCUCUGAAGAUCUUCAUGAAGGACGAUGAAUGCUUUCGAAGGUGGUUAACCUGGAUCCUUCACUUAAUUUGAAAAGGUCCAAUACUACAAUCCAAGGAAUUCGAUAAAUUGAUGAUGGCAACGUAUUAAUAGGAAUUCUUUAAGGAAAGUGACAUAGAUGUUGCAGUUGUGAUUGGUGGAGCUGGGAAGUGGGUUUUUUGGUUGUACCUUGUGGAAGACCGACCACUGCAAAUUUUCCUUUAAGGCAGUGGUUAUUCUCUACACGGUUGACAAAUUUUGUAAAUAUAAUAGCUUUGUCUUAUUGGAUUUCCCUUUUAAGGUUCUUGUUUAA